CCAGGAUUAUCUUAUUAAUAUUAUCUUAACGAAUUAUAUAUAAGGUUAUGGCCAGUAAUUGGAGUCAAAGUCUGCAGGAUUUUUGACAAGAUGCGUGUGUGUGUCGUACUCCUGGCAUGCCUUGCCAUGGCAAUGGGUUCGGCUUUACAGCCGAGGCAUCAAAGAAUCGUCGGUGGCACCGUGACCAGCAUUGACCGCUAUCCAUUCGCCGUGGCUAUGCUUUACCAGAGAUGGGGUUCUUUCUCCCAAGCCUGCGGAGCCUCUAUUUUGAACAACAGAUCAGUUCUAUCAGCUGCUCAUUGCUUUUUUGGGGAUGGUGUAAGUGCAUGGCGAUUACGUGUCGGUUCAACAAAUGCGAACAGCGGUGGUACUGUACACAUCAUCUCUGCUAUCAUCAUGCACCCCUCGUACAAUGACAAUAUACUGGACAACGACGUAGCUAUUGCCAGAUCAUCGACUGCGUUUGGCUUCAACAACAAUGUUCGUCCUGUUUCUAUCGCUGGUGCCAACUAUGCCUUACCUGACAACACAGCAGUCUGGGCUAUCGGAUGGGGAAUGGUUACCGGUAAUGGUCCUAGUUCCGAGCAACUUCGGCAAGUACAAGUAUGGACCAUCAACUGGACUGUAUGCAGAAACCGUUACAAUGAACUUGGCUGGCUCGUGACCAACACUAUGUUGUGUACCGGUGUUCUGGACGUGGGAGGUCGUGAUCAAUGCGGAGGAGACUCUGGUGGUCCUCUGCUGCACAACAACGUCGUCGUUGGAAUUUGUUCCUGGGGUCAUCCAAACUGUGGCCACCCUCGUUACCCUGGUGUUAACGCACUUGUCUCCAGAUUCACGAGCUGGAUUCAAUCGAAUGCAUGAUUUGCUAAUCCCUGGUUUACAAGUUUGUAUAUAAGAAAUGUAAAGAAUGACGACAAUAAAAAUAAGUUUUUAAAUCUAUA